GAUGUCUGGGUGCCUAGAGUGGAAUCAGCACUGGCGGGGUUAGUUAGUCCCCGUGGUCAGCCUUGGCUAGGGGUGCACUAGUGAAUUUUCCAGUCUCCCCCAUUUCCCCCCUCUGUUUGAUCCUCUCUGGUUGGCUUUGCCACGGCGGCUUUAUGAUCACAGCAACAGUUUCCUUAUAGCAUGGUGGACGCGUAAGCAUGGGUAGUUGUACCGGAGACAUGGGGACCAUACCUUCCCCAUAUCUCUCUCUGAGGGGCUUUUGGCUGUGUUUGACAGUGUUAUUACUUACCCUCCACACUACGAAAUCGCAGAAUUGGUUAUGGGGUGAUGAUUCUUCCACGGAACCUGCUCCCACUGAUAUAUCCUCCGAUCCUCCAAGAGGAACUUUUGUGUAUGAUGAUUCUCAGCAGCCUGAUCAUGAUUAUGAUAGUGCUGAACGAAAUGAAAGUGGAAGUGAGAGUGAGCUCUCUCAAGGAAAUCACUCAAAUGACAUUGAAGACAGCAAACCUUACAGUGAAGUUGGCAGUGCUGGUGCUAGCGAUAGUAGAUAUAGUUUUAACUACAGUUUCGCUUUCGGUAAUGAUGAAAAUGACACUGGUAUUAGUUCAGACAGUGAAAUUAGUGACAUUGGUAAAAGAGACAGUGAAAAUGACGGAGCAGAAGGUCGCAGUGGUGAAGGACGAGUCACGUACAUUUAUUCCAGGACAAAUGAAAAUGACGGAGCAGAAGGUCGCAGUGGUAGAGGAGGAGUCCCAUACACUUACGCCAGGACAAAUGAAAAUGACGGAGCAGAAGGUCACAAUAGUGAAGGACGAGCCACAUACACUUAUGUCAGGACAGAUGAAAAUGACGGAGCAGAAGGUCACAGUGGUGAAGGAGGAGUCACAUACACUUAUGCCAGGACAAAUGAAAAUGACGGAGCAGAAGGUCACGAUAGUGAAGGACGAGUCACAUACACUUAUGUCAGGACAGAUGAAAAUGAUGGAGCAGAAGGUCCCAGUGGUGAAGGAGGAGUUACAUACACUUAUGCCAGGACAAAUGAUAAAAGAUAUAGCAGUGAUCGUAGUGAUGGUAACAGAGGUGGCUCAUAUUCCUCCUACAAAUACAGACUCACUCCUGUUGAUGGUAGAAGAGUUGAUGGUGGGCAUGGAGGCGGUCAUGGUGGGGGAAGUGGAGGCCAGGCUGGAGAAAGUUAUGGUGAGGGUAGUGGUUAUCAGAAUGGAGUAGGCUUUGGGGGUAGUAGUUAUAGUAGCAGUAGCAGUAGUGAUAGAGGAGGAUAUGGAGUUAGUGGUACAGGACGAUAUGGAGGUGAAGGUGGUGCGGGUGAAGGAUAUGGCAGUGAUGGUGCUGGUAGACGACUGGAAGGCAGUGGAGAAGGACAUGGCAGUGGUGAUAGUGAUGGGCCACAUGUCAGAGGUAGUGUGAGAUAUGGGAGUGACGGUGCUGGUGUGAGACGUGUAAUUGGUGGUUCUGGUGUGAGAUAUGGAAGUGAUGGUGCUGAUGUGAGAUAUGGAAGUGAUGGCACUGUUAUACGAUACGGAAGCGAUGGUACUGUUUUAAGAUAUGGAAAUGAUGGUGCUGGUGCCGGUGAAGCACAUGGAGGUGAUGGUGCUGGUGAAGCAGAUGGAGGUGCUGGUACUGGCAGAGGAUAUGGUUAUGGUAGUGCUGGUGAAGCAGAUGGAGGUGCUGGUACUAGCAGAGGAUACAGUUAUGGUAGUGCUGGUGAAGCAGAUGGAGGUGCUGGUACUGGCAGAGGAUACAGUUAUGGUAGUGCUGGUGAAGCAGAUGGAGGUGCUGGUACUAGCAGAGGAUACAGUUAUGGUAGUGCUGGUGAAGCAGAUGGAGGUGCUGGUACUGGCAGAGGAUACAGUUAUGGUAGUGCUGGUGAAGCAGAUGGAGGUGCUGGUACUGGCAGAGGAUACAGUUUUGGUAGUGCUGGUGAAGCAGAUGGAAGUGCUGGUACUGGCAGAGGAUACAGUUAUGGUAGUGCUGACGAAGCAGAUGGAGGUGCUGGUACUGGCAGAAGAUACGGUUAUGGUAGUGCUGGUGAAGCAGAUGGAGGUGCUGGUACUGGCAGAGGAUACGGUUAUGGUAGUGCUGGUGAAGCAGAUGGAGGUGCUGGUACUGGCAGAGGAUACGGUUAUGGUAGUGCUGGUGAAGCAGAUGGAGGUGCUGGUACUGGCAGAGGAUACGGUUAUGAUAGUGCUGGUGAAGCAGAUGGAAGUGCUGGUGCUGGCAGAGGAUACGGUUAUGGUGGUGCUGGUGAAGCAGAUGGAGGUGCUGGUGGAGUAUAUGGCAGUAGAGGUGAUGCAAGAGGAGGCUACAGUGUUACUGGCUAUGAUAGUUCUUCACAGCCACAGGUUCAACCUCGACCAUAUCCCAAUCGUCCAGGACAAACCUCUGUACAAGAGUGUGGAGGUGGUGACUGCAACACCUCAGGUUGCAAGUGCAUUGGAGAAAAGGGCUCCAGAGGUUCACCAGGGCUGCCAGGUCCUCAGGGAGAGAAGGGCCAACAGGGCUUUCCUGGUAUGGAAGGUCUUAUGGGGCCCAAGGGCAGCAAAGGAGAGCCAGGUCCACAGGGUCCAACUGGACCCAAGGGUGACAGAGGUAAAAUGGGUCUGAAUGGCUUCCCAGGUAUCAAUGGAAUUCCAGGUAUCCCAGGUCCCCCAGGUCCCACAGGCAGACCAGGGCUGGACGGUUGCAACGGUACAGACGGUGAACCAGGAUUGCGUGGCGCACCGGGCGCACCAGGUCCCCGAGGUUUCCGUGGCCCAGAAGGCAGGAAAGGUUCAAAGGGAGAGCCAGCCAUUGGACCAUGUACUACAGACAAAGGGGAAAAAGGCGAGCCAGGCCGUGAUGGUAGACAGGGACCCCAAGGGCCCCCUGGUGCCCCUGGUCCUAGGGGGGAGACUGGUUACAAAGGAACUGAUGGACUCAAGGGUCCACAAGGAGUGCCAGGAGCUUCUGCUGAUAAAGGAGAAAAGGGUAGCCAAGGUCUGAAGGGUGAUGUUGGUUUGCAAGGACCUCCUGGACUAUCUGGACCCCAAGGUCUUCGAGGCACAAAAGGCCGUGAUGCAUUUGGUUUACCAGGUCCUGCAGGAGACAGAGGAUCUCCUGGCCCUCCUGGUUUGGCUGGGUUGGAUGGUCUCCCUGGAUCACCAGGAAGUGAUGGAGUACCUGGAUUCCCAGGACCCAAGGGAGAUAGGGGUUUACCAGGACUAACUGGACCACCAGGAGAAAAAUGUAUUCCUAUCCCAGGUUCUCCAGGUUUACCAGGAAUUCAAGGCCCUAAGGGUGAGCUUGGACUCAGUGGCCGGGAUGGUGAGAAGGGACUGUUAGGACCUCCAGGCCAGCCUGGUCAGGAUGGAUUACCAGGACCUCCUGGUAUCAAGGGCUCUUCAGGGCCUCCAGGCCUACCAGGCACUGCAGGUCAAAAAGGAAGUAAAGGAGAGCCUGGCAUACCUGGUCUCAAAGGAAACGAAGGCAGACUAGGUUUAGAUGGUCGGACUGGACCUAAAGGUGACAAGGGUAAUGCUGGAUUACCAGGUCCAGCUGGACUACCAGGCUUGGAUGGACUUAAAGGCGAAAAGGGUAACUCUGGUCCUCAGGGUCCUCGUGGUGAAAUAGGUAUAACUGUGAAGGGUGAAAAGGGUUUGCCUGGUUUACCAGGCAAGCCUGGUCGUAAUGGCAUAAACGGAGAAAAGGGUGAAAAGGGAGAGAUUGGAUUUACAGGAUUGCCUGGCCAACGUGGCUUGCCUGGUGAUGCAGGUCCCCCUGGUAUUAAUGGUGCUAAGGGUGAUCGAGGACCACAAGGUCCUGUUGGAUUAACUGGUGAAAACGGUAGAGAUGGUCUUCCUGGUCAAAAAGGCUUCCCAGGACUUCCAGGUGAAAGAGGUUUCCCAGGUCAACCAGGACCUGUGGGACUAGUUGGUCCAAAAGGUGACAGUGGUCCCCAGGGUCUUCCAGGAUUACCAUGUGCCCCAGGACCCAAAGGUGAGAAAGGCACUAAUGGUUUACCUGGUCUUCCUGGAGAAAAGGGCAUCCGUGGUCCAAAGGGCUUUGAUGGCCUGCCGGGUGUAGCUGGAAGGCCAGGGCCACAAGGUCCUAAAGGUGAAAGAGGAUUCCCUGGAAUCAAUGGCCAACCUGGUAUUCCUGGUCUUAAGGGUCAGCGUGGUUUGCCUGGACCACAGGGUCCAAGAGGACCUGAAGGACCUGAAGGUAGCCCAGGUAUGCCAGGCAUGCCUGGAGUCAAGGGUGAUCGUGGCUAUUCUGGAUUACCAGGACCAAUGGGCCCAGCGGGGAUGAAAGGAGACCGUGGUUUUGAUGGAACGCCAGGAAUUACUGGGCAACAAGGUUUCCCAGGAAGUAAAGGAGAGCCAGGAAAGAGUUGUGAAGCUCAGCAGCAGUAUUAUUCGGGUACACUGGUUGUACGACAUUCCCAGACCACCAAUGCCCCACAGUGUGAACGGGGCCACAUCUAUCUCUGGGAGGGCUACUCCUUACUAUAUGUUGAAGGCAAUGAAAAGGCACAUCAUCAAGAUUUAGGAUUGGCUGGCUCAUGUGUAAGAAGGUUCAGCACAAUGCCGUUUAUGUUCUGUGACUUCAACAACGUGUGCAACUAUGCAUCCCGAAAUGACAAAUCAUACUGGCUUUCUACAAAUGAUCCUAUUCCAAUGAUGCCUGUUGCUGAUACUGCUAUUCGACCAUACAUUUCAAGAUGUGUGGUGUGUGAGGCCCCAGCAAAUGUGAUCGCUGUCCAUAGCCAGUCUUUGAAUAUUCCUGAGUGUCCUAAUGGAUGGUCUAGCAUGUGGAUUGGCUACUCAUUUGUUAUGCACACAGCUGCUGGUGCAGAGGGUGGUGGCCAGUCUCUCAGCAGCCCAGGCUCAUGUCUGGAGGACUUCAGAGCUACGCCAUUCAUUGAGUGCAAUGGAGCACGAGGAACAUGCCACUACUUCGCCAACAAAUUUAGUUUCUGGCUUGCCACAAUUGAGGAAAGACAGCAAUUUUCACGGCCCGUAUCAGAAACUCUUAAAGCUGGUAGUCUACUUACUCGGGUUUCAAGAUGUCAAGUUUGCAUCAAGAACUAAUUUAGGGGAAUGGGUGGAGACGUUAAGGCUUAUUCUAUUACUAGUUUUAAUUAUUACAGCUGAAUCAAGAAACCAUUUUCAAUCAGAAAUAUUGUAAUAAAGGCCACUUCCAAAAUUUGAAAUCAGAUGCCAAUAUUUUAAUAAGCUUUUCUGCUUAUUGAUUUAAUUUUAUAUUAUAAUGCCAGUGUAAAUAGUUUUUAUGUCAAUGUCUAGUCUAUGUGGCUUCUUACCGUUUGCAUUUUAUGAAGCUCAUCGUUACCAUGUAAUCACUGAGACGCCAUAUGUAAAAGCAAAUUGGAAUUGGAUAAAAUGACUACCUAUAAAUUAAGCCUUUAGUUAGUUUUAUAACUGCAUUAUAUUACUAACUAAAGUUUAGAAUCUCAGAUCACAUUGUUUCUGCUCAAAUCAUGUUCAUUAAUGUCUUCCUUAUGUCCACAAGGUGCUUUCAUUCUGAAUGUGAGAUUUUGCAAGUUAUUUGGAGAACUUGUUCUAUUUAAAUGAUUAUGUUAACUGCAAAAUUCUGUGUGCACAUUGCAGAGCUCCAAGAUAUUUGAUAGUUUCCUAAAUGUUGACUGUACUUUAAAAAAUUAAUAAAUAUUUUACUGUUAUAAAUUUUGUGGUGCUACAUGUUUAUAGCUUUAGUAUAGGCAUAUCCUAAAUAUUAUUUACUUUAAUUUUAUAAUUUAGCAUUUAUCAGGUUGACACUGCCAUAUCAAAAACUUCCUAAGAGGUUUUUGCAAUAAGUUUAGGUCGUAUUCCAAUUCCUACAUCGAUAAGCAAUACUUUUCCAUUGCUUACUCUGUUUUAAAUAUGAGAUUUUCUGUUGGAAAAUUUCAUAAUUAAAUCAAAGAAUAAUAAGUAUUAAGAGAAUAUUAUGUAAAGAUUUCUGUUACUUCUAAAUCUUUAUACUGUAUCACUGCCAUUUCUUAUACACUUUUUAAAUAAAACUUGACUUCUACUACUGCUUCAA